AUGUCGUUUCCCCACUCGGAUCGCGCGGGGUACUUCCACGAAGCUGUGGCGGCCGCAGAGAGCGCGGAUCCCGACGAGAAGUUGCGAGUACCAACUCUCUGGGCGCUACUGGAGGCGCCCGUGGAUGUCUUCGCUCGACAGGGGUCUUGUCCUCCUGGCCAGAGCUAUGAAGAGUUGGCCCUGGAAUGGAGAAGCUGGGGGCAGGUGGGAACUGCGAUUGAGACUGGGUUGCAGCUGCAGCACGAGGUGUCGCAGACAUUUUGCCGGCCCCUGUCCUUUGAGCGAUCUGGGAGCUUCCGGAUCCAUCGCUUCCGACUGAGCUGCGAGGGAGCAGAGCACUUCAACGAUGCCCUGGCAGGAUACGCCUUGAAGCGGGAAGCAGGGCCAGCUCUGAGUGAAGACGGCAUUCAAGUAUCGAAUGUCGGAGGUUUUCAUUCGAAGCAAGAUCUGUUUCGAUUCGCCCAAGGCCACGCAAGGGCUGACAAAGAGGAUGCCCUUCUUCUGCACCUGAAGCACUUGAUUGCAGAAUGUGUUGCUUCUGCUGCGGCGGCCGAUGCCCAGGAGUUUCAGGCCCAAGGCGAGGUGGCACCCCACCUCCCAAGCGGGCAGGAGGAAGUGCUGCAGCUUGACAGCGAUCCAGACGGCUGGGUGAACGUCUCCCGGAGGGGGCAUCUGAACUACUUGCACAACCACGCUGACGCUUCGGUGGCCACGGUCUACUAUGCAAGGGUUCAACCAGACUCCGGGGGCUCCCUCCUGCUCCGACUCUCUCCGGGCUACGGGCCCGGCAUGAUGGAGCCCGAUGAGGAGCGGCAUGUGCCCUGGAUGUGGAGCUCCGAUGGGCAGCCGAUCUCCCGGUCUCCGGUGCAGUACGCGGAGCUCCGACCGGGCCCCGGUACACUGGUGAUUUUCCCUGGAUGGCUCUCCCACAGCGUGUCCCCUACUACCUGCGCCGAAGCGCGGAUUUCCUUUGCAUCGAAUUGGGACCUGCCUACAGAGCCAGGAUAA